AUGGCGGUUUUGUUGGAUUGUGAUUCCGGUUGCUUCAUAUCGCACAACAAGCUUGUAGAAAGCUGGUACAGAAAAUGCCGGCGCUCUGCAAAAGGCGAUGUUAUUUCGAUUAAGCUGAAAGACGCCUUAUUCGAUGUCAGAACUCCAAUGAGGAUGGACUCGGCUGCCGAAAAGCUGGUGGCGGGAACAAGGCGCCGGAAAUUCAAGUGGCGAAGUUCAGAUGACAAUCCACUGACCGAUUUUGUUAAGCCAUGCAGCUGGAUAGCAGAGGCAAGUGAGCGCAUUGUGCGAGCUGCCCUGGAUGCUGGCCACCUGGAGCCGGGGCUGGCCAGUGACGAAGAGGUGCUUGAAAACAAUUGCACAGCGCGGGCCGCGGCUGCCGACGCCCUGGCGGCUGCCUCUGGGCUCGAUGCCUGUCCCUCUUUGCCCGUGGGAUGUUCGACACCUCACACCAGGCUGAUCCACUUUCGUGGCCAACCAGUAUGGCUUCCCGCCAAUGCGCGAGUGCAGAUUGGCGACAUACAAGACUUGGCACCGUUCCUUACAGGUUCGUUCGACUUCAUCUUACUGGACCCACCCUGGGCGAACAAGUCAGCCCGACGAAAGCGCGCGUACUCCAUGCUGCCACGCCGCCAACUGUUGUCGUCGGUGCCUCUGAAGCGACUUGCGUCCCCUCAAGGCUGCCUGGUGGCCGUGUGGUGCACCACCAAUGGGGCGCACCUGCGGUUCGUGGCGCGUGAGCUACUGCCAUCUUGGGGCCUGACGUACCUGGCCACGUGGUACUGGGUUAAGGUAACCAAGCACGGCGAGCCAGUUCGGCCGUUCGACUGCCCGCACAAGAAGCCCUAUGAAUUCGUGAUAUUCGGUGGCCCGUCGUCACUGUCCAUCCCUCGAGACAAGGUGUUUGUUUCAGUGCCAUCCUGCAUCCACUCGCACAAGCCACCACUUUCAGAGCUCGUGCGACCCUUCGUGAAAAACGGUGGAGCCUGCAUGGAGGUGUUCGCCAGGUACCUCGUGCCUGGAUGGACGAGCGUCGGCAACGAGGCACUCAAGUUGCAGCACGAAAGCCUGUAUGAGCCUGCAAGUUCAGAAUUCCCGCAUCUUGAUACAUGUAUCAAGCAUAAGAGAUGGAAAAAGUCAUCCUCACUAUUUUUAUCACCAAAUAUUUUAUUAUGAAAAAAACGUUUUUAUAUCUUCGCA